UCACUUCAUUUCACUUCACUUCAUUUCACUUCACUUCAUUUCACUUCACUUCACUUCAUUUCAUUACUUUUCAUCAGUCAUCUCAUUCCACUUGUUGCAUUAGCACUUUUUUUAUUUUAUUUUAUUUUAUUUUUUGAAAUAGAUAUCAGCUUACUAUUUGUAGGCAGCAUAGACUCGAGCUUUGCUUCUUCUUUUUGCAUUCAACCUUUUCUUUCUCUUCAAUCUAAUCCUUCAUCUUCCUUUCCAUGUAAACUCAACAUCGUCCUUCCUCUUUCUCCUUCCUACCGAAAAUAAUUAUUCUCUUUGUAUUAUAUUUGCACAACUCUUAAUAUUACCAUACCAUGGAAAAUAACAGCACCAACAACCCACCACAACCAGACAAUGACAGGAGUAGUCAUCCUAUUCACAAUGACCAUUCACAACAACAACAACAACAACAACAACAACAACAACAACAGCAACAUCCUUUACAAUCUCGCGUGAGUCGAAAACGGUCUUUAACCAAGCCAGAACGAUAUCGACCAAAACAAGGUAUACUCAACCGUACACCCUCUCAAAAAGCACAGGAUUCUUUAUCCUCAACCUUCGUUGACAAAAAUGACUCCACCGGAAAUCUACUCCAAGGUAGUGGUGAGUCCUCCUUGGCUGGUACCCUGACUCUGUCCUCUUCAGCUGCCGUUGUGGCCGCACAGGAGCAACAACAACAACGACUUCGUGUCCAACAAAUGAAUGCUCGGGCUCAGGGGCAAAAUCAACAGCAUCAACGCCCUCGACCGCGUCGCAUGUCGACUCUGCGUCGUUCAGGCAGUCAAAGAAAUAACCCAGACACAGGAACAGGGGCAGGAACAACAGCAGAUGUGCAGCGUCGUCCUUCUAAACCUACAAAGAAGAAAGUAAUAGUUGAGAGAGAAAUCGAGUUGACACCAUGGGUGAUUACCUCGAGAAUCUUGACAUGUUGUAUCCCUUCGAGCAUGCUUCGAUGCUGCAACGGUAAAAGGUUCUCGAGGAUCCAGGUGAUCCAGGCUUGGCGCGAGAAAGUUUCGUUAUGUAUGAUUAUUUUCUUGAUCUGUGGAUUGUUGGCCUUUGUGAUCUUUGGCCUUCAGCCCGCUUUGUGUCCCGAUGAGUCUCGUGUCGCCAUGUCUUAUUCAACACAGCCUACUAAUGGAAAGCCAGCUGCGAAAGAAAAUUAUAUUGACUCUGUCAUCAUCCGAGGAAGUGCUUAUCCAUUUGACCAGGUGCAACGGUUCCUCAACAGCAAGGGGGUCGCUAUGUCUGUUGAUUAUCGUUCGCAGGAUAUAACAGAGCUCUUCUACGAUAGCUCGAUGCCCUGUGCAAGAUUUCCAGGCGUUAAUGUCACUAGAGAUCAAUGUGUCGUCCCAAACCCAUAUAAAAACACACCAUUGGUUGCCAAGCCCUGUAUAACGUACUCAGAGUUGGCCGCCUCAGGUAUGCGAUCAAAAGGCAAGCUGUCCUUCCUCUGGACUGACUUGAACGAUUAUAAAAGACGCGAGUUUGAUAACGUCAUCAUCUACGACGGCAAAAUCUUUAAUGUCUCAAGAUUCAUGGGAUCAGAUCAAGUAUUGGGUCCGGAAAUCCACAGUGUACUUCAAAGAAGCCUGCGCAAAGACUCAUCUCUACUUUUUCAAAGGACAGAUAGCCGUAAGAGGGCUAUCAACUGUUUAGCGGGGAUGACAGAGGUUGGAGUCUUGGAGAACACAACAAUGGGAUGUUUUGCGGCCAAGGUGAUCAUGUUAACGACCUUGAUUUGCGUCUGUAUGGUGCUCGGAAUCAAGUUCCUAAUGGCGUUGACGUUCAGCUGGUUCCUGAGUUAUCGCUUGACAGAGAAGCCGAGGACAAUCAAGAGCAAGAAACCUUCCCCAACGUCCAAACAAGAGAAGGAUAAUAACGAUAAAGACAUGGAUGGUAGUGGACUGGAUUUGGCUCGUGCUGGAAAGAAAUCAGCUGGUAGAAAGAAUUUAUACACAGUUAUGUUGGUAACCUGUUAUUCGGAAGGAGAAAGUUCAAUCCGGACAACAUUAGACAGCUUAGUCAACACAAGUUAUUCUGCGAAACACAAGUUGAUGAUGGUGAUCUGUGAUGGUAUUGUCCGUGGACAUGGUAACAAAUUUACAACACCAGAUAUUGUAGUCAACAUGUUGGAGUUGGCACCGGGAAGCGAGAAUCCGAAGCCUUGCAGUUAUCUUGCAAUUGCUGAUGGUGAAAAACAGCACAAUAUGGCGAAAGUUUAUGCUGGCCAUUAUGUCUACAGAAAGAGACGCGUGCCUACUAUGGUCAUUGUCAAAUGUGGCAACCCUCUGGAGAAGGAUGCAAGCAAACCUGGAAAUCGUGGAAAGCGUGAUUCACAGCUGAUUUUGAUGUCAUUCUUUCAGCGUGUACUCUUUGCAGAUCGAUUCACUGAGCUGGACUUUGAAAUGUUUCACAAAAUACAUCGGUUAAUGAACAUUUGGCCGGAUCGCUUUGAGCUCUGUCUGAUGGUAGAUGCGGAUACGAUGGUUAAGGGUGAUUCCCUCAGCUAUAUGGUGACAGCGAUGCAGAAUGACCACACGAUCAUGGGGCUUUGUGGCGAAACCAAAAUUGCUAACAAGACUGCUUCCUGGGUCACCGCCAUCCAAGUGUUUGAGUACUAUGUUUCACACCAUCUUGGAAAGGCGUUUGAAAGCGUUUUUGGAGGAGUGACAUGUUUACCUGGAUGCUUUUGUAUGUACAGGAUAAAAUCACCCAAAAAUGAAGCCUGGGUACCGAUCUUGGCGAACCCGGAAAUAAUUCAAGAGUACAAUCAGAAUAUUGUGUCGACACUACAUCAAAAAAAUCUGUUGUUGCUGGGAGAGGAUCGAUAUCUGACCACAUUAAUGCUGAGGACUUUUCCGAAACGACAGAUGGUAUUCGUACCCCAAGCACAAUGCAAGACGGUGGUUCCAGAUACAUUCAGUGUUUUGUUGAGUCAGCGUCGACGAUGGAUUAACUCAACCAUUCAUAAUCUAUUGGAGCUAGUGCUGGUCACUGAUCUCUGUGGAAUUGCAUUUCUCAGUAUGCAAUUCGUAGUUUUGCUGGAACUCGUUGGAACAGUCGUUCUCCCAGCAGCAGUCUUGUUUACAAUUGGUAUGAUCGUCUUCGCCAUUGUCAACCAGUCUCUUGCAGUUGUGCCGCUCAUCCUCGUUGUCGUUAUGUUCGGGUUACCCGCAGUGUUGAUUGUACUGACAUCACGCAAGUGGAUCUAUGUCUUCUGGAUGCUUAUUUAUUUGAUCUCGAUCCCAAUCUGGAACUUUGUUUUGCCUCUUUACUCGUUUUGGCAUUUUGAUGACUUUAGCUGGGGCGAAACCCGUAAGGUUGCGAAUCAGAAACGCAAAGGAGGUGCGCAGGAUCAUGGCGAUGCGGAAGGAGAAUUUGAAAGUGGAUCAAUUAUCAUGCGCAAAUGGGAAGAAUGGGAAAAGGAGCGACUUAAGGCGAUGGGUUACAGGAUUCAAAGACGUCACUCUGCAGAUCGUGGAAUCAAUGACUUACCUCCACCUGCCGCUAGUACAUUGGAUCUACCAUCCUCAACAGCGCCUCGAAAGGCAAAAUCUAACACAAAUUUGAAUAGGAUCUUUGGUAGCAAUAACAAUAGCGCCAGUACGUUACCUAUAUCAAGACCGAUGUCAAAUCACCCAAUGCAGCAGUCUGUACCCAACCUGGUAGCAUCUCAACCGCAGCAGCAACAGCAACACUCACUACAACCUAGGCAAUCAGUCCGUAUGAGUAGGCCUAGACCUCUACCUCCCCAUAUGAUGCCUCGCCCGCCACCAGGAAUAGCUAAGGGAGGGGGAGUAGGUCCUGAUAACCAGUCUUUUGAACUUGGACCCAUGUCAUCGACACCAGGGCCCUCCAGAGCAUCCUAUAUACCCGCAGGACCGGGACUAGGCCGACCUGCCAUUGGCUUGGAGGCGCGCAACUCGAUCCAUGGUGGCUCUGGGCCUGGAUUCCGUCCUAUGGGAUCACCACGACCUGGCUCUAUGCGACCCCCUUUUGGAGCCCCUGGAAACCCAGGUGUUGGCGGCCCAUAUGGCCGUCCUCCACCACAUGGAUUCUCUGGACCAAUGGGUGGUCCAGGAGGGUUUGGAGGACCUGGAUCUGGGCUUCGACCACGCCCACCGCCCAACUUUUCGGGACCUCCUAUGCAUCAUCCAUCGCAUCAGACUCCAAAUCCCCAGCAGCAACAACAGCAGCAACAACAACAGCAUCAACAGCAAGGAAAUCCCCAAAAUGCACCCUUAUACCCUCUUCCUCCACCUUCUCUUAAUAAUUCUUCAUCGUCUUCUUCAACACCACUGUCGUCACAGCAACUCUUGAUUAAUGAUGAUAGCAAUGCCCCUAUUGAUACUAUUAAUAAUGAAAUAGAAGAAGCCAAGGAUAGAGAAGGGAGUCACCAGCCGCAAACUGGGAUCAUGACAAGUGGGGACUUUUCUAUACCUGCUUCGACCCAAGAACAGAAAUAGAUUGAUUGAAAUGAAUAAAUAAAUAUUAAAUAAAUAAAGAAGCC